AUUUGUAAUGACAUUCAUUUGUCUAAGCAUUCCUUUGAAGAUGUCACAAUCUGAUGAUGCAUUAACAUAUUCUACUGCUGGAUGACACUUCACCAACUUGAUGGGAAUGACAUCUUUCUAUUUAUCUUCUUUUAUGAUGAAUCUGCUCAUUUUAUAGUGAGUAGCAUGACAUGUGUGGCUUUGAGUGUGGAUUGCUGGAGAGGUGCUGAGAAAAAUAAUAAAAAUACUGUGGUGUGGUCUUAGUAUUCACAAUUCAGAAAGUUGUCUUUGACACAUUUAGUUUUCAGAUCUCAAAUCAUUUUUCAUUUUCAGUAAAUUGUAUCUUCUCUCCGAUUCAUUAAAAGAAAUGCAUAAGCUGCCUAGGACCGUACAAUUAAUCCACUUUUCCUAGUCUGACAUCAACAUGUUUUUCCAGGGAAUUUGAAUAAGAACUAAUAAUGCAUUUGUUGAACGUAUUACGGAUGCAUUAUUUGUUGGGCCACCUACCCCUGUCUGUGCAUGUGUUGCUAUCUUUGAAUGCCACCACAGCAAGAUAGUGGGUGACACCCUUUUGAAAUUCAUCAAUGAGAAGAGCAGUUAUAUCAAAGUGGAUGCAGCAACCCUUAGGUGCUUGUGUAAGAAUGGUGCUGCUAGCGUCCUGCCCAAAAUUCCACCUUAAUUACCCAGAAGAUAAGAAGAUCAAAAUGAAGUGAAAGUCUCUGUAUCCAUGGAUUGAACUUCCAUGUGGAUAAAGAAGAGUAACCCUAGAAGCACGCUUGUACAGAAAACCAACCAUCAAGUCCUUCAACCCUUCAAUGUUUCUCAAUAAAACAUCCUUUUUAACAUACCCUGCAGAUAAAUUUUGUUCAUGGUUGGCUUUUUUUUUUUUUUUUUUUUUUUUUAUGUUAGUUGUUCAGCUUCGAGAGGUCUAUGUGGAAUUUAAUUUUAGUUGUUCACACUUGUAUUGCAUUCGGGAUGUGAAUUUAAACUAGAGAUCUUUUAGAAUCUGUUCGUCUAGCAUUUGUAUUAAAUCUUGUCGCCAUCAGUAAGGAAUAAUUUUUCUUUUUGUCA